ACGAGAAAAAUGUCUAAUUUAACGUUAUUUUUUGCAAUAAUUGCAUUUGUGGCUUCUUCGACAAUCGCCAUUGUAAUUCAUGAGGAAGAUGGCGACAUUGAAACUCGCAUCAUAAAAGGAUAUUAUCCAGAACAGAAAGAUGUUGGUUUUACCGCGGGCGUUAUGUUGCAUUUUGAAGAAGAAACUGGAUGGUGUGGCGGUGUCUUGAUUUCCGACAAAUACGUUUUAUCAAGUGCUCAUUGCUUGAGAAAAGCUCCUGCAGCAACAGUUGUGCUAAAUGCAACAAAUAUACAUCAAUUUGAAAAAGUAGUUAUCCCAGUUGUUCAAAUUCUUUUGCAUCCAAAGUUCAAAAAAGGAUCGUACAAGAAUGAUAUUGCUCUAUUGCGUCUUCAAAGACCUGUCAAAAUCGAUGAUAACAUUUAUCCGAUAAGAUUACCGAAAAAAUCCGAAAAGAAAAAGUCUUAUAAAAAAUCGAAAGCUGUAGUUGCUGGUUGGGGACGUGAUGGAACGAAUGAAAUCAUUCCAGCAACUCAGCUGAUGGGAGUUAAUUUAACUGUCAUUUCCAACUUUGAUUGUUGGGUCAAGUAUCCGGCGUACAUUAAAGAUACCAAUAUUUGUACAAGCAGUAGCAAAGGAACGCCUUGUGAAGGAGAUGAUGGAGGUCCAUUGUUCAUCAAUGAAACUGAUGGCUUACCAACUUUGAUCGGAGUUACAAGCUAUCAAUUUUCCCUUGGAUGUACUUCGUUAUGGCCUGCAGUAUAUACUCGUGUCAGCUAUUACCUCGAUUGGAUCACAGAAAAUGCCAACAUUGCCAUGAGAGAAUAAUAAUAAGCUUAUCUCUUAAUUAGUAUUGAAGAUCUCUUGCAGAGCAAAUAAACAAAAGUCUCUGUACCUGUGAGGUAUUAAUGUGGCUUUGUAGAGA